AUGAACCACACUGUUGACAAUGGAACAGAUAAUCACCAUGUGUCCUCGCCUCCUAUAUCCGACUAUCUUCAAACAUUCUUUAUUUUACUUUACGGCAUAAUUGUGAUAAUCGCUAUUGGCGGGAACACGAUCGUCUGCUAUCUAAUUUACGCAUACAAAAGAAUGCAUACCAUUCCUAAUUACUUUAUUGUUAACUUAGCCGUUAGUGACAUCAUAAUGGCUAUCUUUUGCAUUCCCUUCACAUUUGUAGCCAAUCUUAUGUUAAAUUACUGGCCAUUCGGGGAGGUCAUGUGCCCGAUAGUGACCUACCUUCAAAUCGUUGCCGUAUUUCUUAGUGCCUUCACAUUAGUGGCGAUGAGCCUUGACCGGUAUAUUGUAAUAGUGCAUCCCUUUAAAAAACGGAUUACGGCACGGAAAACCGGAUUCGUUCUACUGGGCAUAUGGACACUGUCACUGACAAUACCUCUCCCUACGCUGCUCCAGGCUAGGGUUGAGUACUAUUCCAACACCAGUGGAGUGUGUCUCGAGCCUUGGGAGGACUUUACGGCCCGAUACGCAUACAGCCUUGUAAUUAUGAUUCUUCAUUACUUUGGACCCUUGAUAGUUCUUGUAUUCUGUUAUAGUAAAAUUGGAUAUAAUAUUUGGAUGAAAAAUAUACAAGGAGAUGAACGGAAUAAGAGAAGGUUACAAUUGGCGUCAGCAAAACAAAGGCACGUGCACUGCACAUGCAAAUUCAGAUUAGGAUUGCCAAAUGACCGAAUUCAUAAAUCGAUAGUUUUGAACACUGUCUACAAAUACUGGAAUAAUAAUUUUGCCAGAGGUUGUUGA